AUGCCACUCUGGUUGGCGAGGGUCUGCAUGUUGCAACGCGUUGGUGCCGACAAUGUGCUCGCCGCGCUGAUCAGCAAAGCUUCAACCCAACCUCACGGCGGACUCGAAAGCCGUUUGGCCAGCAACAUUAACUAUUGUCGUAUCGACUCCAAGUUAGAGCAGAGUCCUCGCCGCAUCCUCAUUGUCGUGGUUGACGGCUAG